GUCCGCUUCCCCACCAGAGCCUCUUCCCUCUCCCUUCCAGCCGCCAUGCCUCCCCGGGGUAGCGAAGGCUACGACUUUACUCCCAUUCUGACCCAUUACCUUUUCUUGUUCACGACAAUCCUUGCUGUGGUGGGCUGGUUUGUAGCAUUCAUAUCGCAAGCGAUAGCAAAUGCAUUCUUCGGACAUGGCGUCGUGGGCGUCCUAUGGUUUGCAAUCUUCCUCCAGCUCUUCCUCAUCCUCGGCGUCCUCCACACCCUCGCGAGCGACUCCAUAGCCAUGCACCGCUUCCAAAUAUCCGUGUUCGGCGCAGUCGCCAUCGUCUUCGCCGUCAUGGGCGUCAACCAGGGCAUCUUCUCCGGUUCAUCCUCGCUCGACGCCAUGGCCGCCGGCUGGCUCAUCCUCGCUAUCGUCGACAUCCUCUGGGUCCUCUACUUCACCUCCGAGGAGGACUCUCUCGCACUGCACAUAUUCAAUUCCCUCGGCACAGGCGGCCUCACCCCCCCUUCCCGGCGUCGCAGGACGCGCGCCCAGUCUGUACACAACAUGGCCGGGGCAAACGGCUACGGGCCCGGAGGCUACGCCUCCGGCGGCGGUAUUGGCUACGAUACGAAGAUGGGCGCGAACAACAGCUUCGCGCCCGGGCCGGGCAUUAGGAGUCAGAACAGCAUCAACGCCGGCAGCUUGGAGGGCGGCGCCACCAGGAGCAUCACGGGCAACACUGGGCCUGAGAGCCUGCGCAACGCACCUGGAGGUGGCGGAGCGUCGAUCAACGGCGAUAACCAGCCUGGGGCGACUUCGCCUUUGAUGGGUGGCAAUGCCGGCAUUGGGGCGGGAGGUGGUAUGAGCAGCCCAUCCGGAAGCGGGAACCCAGUAGACCCCACAGCGGAGAAUUACUCGUACAAAGCUAAAGCGCUCUAUGCUUACACCGCUUCACCCGACGACCCUAACGAAAUCUCCUUUACAAAAGGAGAAGUUCUUGACAUUUUGGACAAGCAAGGAAAGUGGUGGCAAGCUAGGAAGGCGGACGGGACAGUUGGAAUUGCACCCUCAAAUUACCUGCAGAUCAUCUGA